GUCGCUGGAAGAGGAAGUGGGUUGCGGGCUGCGCGCGCGUGUUCUGCCAGCAAUGUCGGCGGACCGGGAACCUUUAGCGUUCCAUGACAAACAACCCAGGCGUCCCAAAGCGGUGACAGAAGAUCCGGAGGAGGCAGACGAGGAGGAGAGCGAUGAGGCCGAGAAUGGCUUCUCUCUGGAGGAGGUGUUGCGCCUCGGGGGCACCAAGCAAGAUUACCUUAUGCUGGCUGCUUUGGAUGAAAAUGAGGAAGUGGUGGAUGGAGGCAAAAAAGGAACAAUUGAUGACCUUCAGCAAGGCGAAUUGGAGGCAUUCAUUCAAAAUCUGAAUUUGGCCAAAUAUGCAAACAACUUAAUUGAAGAAGAUGAACCAGAUAAAAAAGAAAAUAUUAAAAAAGAAGCAAAAAUACUGAAGGUAGAAAAUAAAAAGCAAAAAGCUACAGAAAGUAAAAGUGCAUCCGAAAAGAAGGUGAAAAAUAAGACUGUACCAGAACAGCCUUCUGACGGCAAUACCAUCCCCAAAUCAAAGAAAGAUAAACAGCCCGAUGUGUUCGAAUUUCUUGAGAGACAAACGUUGUUACUCAGGCCUGGAGGCAAGUGGUAUGACAUGGAAUACAGCAACGAAUACUCUUCAGAGCCCCAGCCUCGGGAUGUAGUGUCUAAAUACAAAGCCCUGGCUCACAAGCUUUAUGAGCAUGAAGUCAGCUUAUUCAAAAAUAAAACAAAUAAUCAAAAAGGAGGCUCUUCCACCUGGAUGAAGACAAUUGUGUCAUCAGGGACACUGGGUGACAGGAUGGCAGCCAUGAUUCUUCUGAUCCAGGAUGAUGCUGUUCACACACUCCAGUUUGUAGAAAUCCUGUUGAACCUUGUUAAAAAGAAGGGCAGCAAGCAGCAGUGCCUCAUGGCUUUGGAUACCUUCAAGGAGUUACUCAUUACAGACCUUCUGCCAGACAGUCGGAAGCUACGGGUCUUCAGCCAGCAUCCUUUUCACAAACUGGAAGAGUUGUCCAGCGGCAACAAGGACUCAAGAGAUAGAAGACUCAUACUGUGGUAUUACGAACACCAACUGAAACACUUAGUAGCGGAAUUUGUGCAGGUCCUAGAAACUUUAAGUCACGAUUCCUUGGUAACCACUAAAACCCGAGCCCUGGUAGCUGCUCAUGAGCUUCUCUGUGAUAAGCCUGAGGAGGAAAAGGCUCUUCUUAUGCAGGUGGUGAACAAGCUGGGAGACCCUCAGAACAAAAUCGCCACGAAAGCUUCCCACCUGUUAGAAGUGUUACUGCGGAAGCAUCCCAAUAUGAAAGGAGUUGUGUGUGGAGAAAUAGAAAGGCUUCUCUUUCGCUCCAACAUCAGCUCCAAAGCUCAGUAUUAUGCAAUUUGCUUUUUAAACCAAAUGGUCCUCUCCCAUGAAGAAAGUGAGUUGGCUAACAAAUUAAUAACUCUUUAUUUUUGCUUCUUUCGGACUUGUAUCAAGAAAAAAGACAUUGAAUCAAAAAUGCUCAGUGCCAUUUUAACAGGAGUGAACAGGGCAUAUCCUUAUUCUCAGAUAGGUGACGACAAAGUGAGGGAGCAGGUGGACACUUUAUUCAAAGUGUUGCAUGUUGUAAAUUUUAAUACUAGUGUGCAGGCUUUAAUGCUACUUUUCCAAGUCAUGAAUUCUCAACAGACAAUAUCUGAUCGGUAUUAUACAGCACUAUACAGAAAGAUGUUGGAUCCAGGGUUGAUGGCAUGUUCGAAGCAAGCGAUGUUUCUUAACCUUGUCUACAAGUCUCUGAAAACGGACGUCGUGUUGCGCCGGGUGAAGGCCUUUGUGAAGAGGUUACUUCAGGUUACUUGCACACAGAUGCCGCCAUUCAUCUGUGGAGCGUUGUAUCUUGUGUCGGAAAUCCUUAAAGCAAAACCAGAUUUAAGAAGCCAACUAGAUGAUCAUCCGGAAUCUGAUGAAGAAAACUUUGUUGACGUGAGAGAUGACAGUGACAUAGAAAAGUUCACUGAUGCAGACAAAGAAACGGCAGUAGAGGAGAUAAAGGAAGUCGGGGCAGAAGACACGGUGACUACAAGCAGCACAAAAGCUGAGAAACCCAAGACUGCUUCCUGGGUGCACUUUGACAACCUGAAGGGUGGCAAGCAGUUAAAAACAUAUGAUCCAUUCAGUAGAAAUCCUUUGUUCUGUGGAGCUGAAAAUACAAGCCUUUGGGAGCUCAGAAAGUUAUCUGAGCAUUUCCACCCUUCUGUGGCCCUUUUUGCCAAGACUAUCCUUGAGGGGAAUUUUAUUCAGUAUUCAGGGGACCCGCUACAGGAUUUCACACUAAUGAGAUUCUUGGAUCGAUUUGUAUACCGAAAUCCAAAGCUACACAAAGGCAAAGAAAAUACGGACAGCGUUGUGAUGCAGCCAAAAAGGAAACAUUUUAUAGAGGAUGUCCGUAGCCUUGCUGUGAAUAGUAAAGAGUUCCUUGCAAAAGAAGAAAGCCAGAUCCCAGUGGAUGAAGUGUUUUUCUACAGGUAUUAUAAGAAAGUUGCUGUUGUUAAAGAGAAACAGAAACGCAACGAAGAUGAAGAUAGCAUAGAAGAUGUUGAUGAUAAAGAAUUUGAAAAAAUGAUUGACAUAUUUGAAGAUGAUAACUGCUUCACACCUGGGAAGGAUGAUAUUGAUUUUGCCAGCAAUAUGAAAAAAACAAAAGGAGCCAAGGAGAACUUGGAAGAUUCAGGGAGUAGUGAUGAUGAGCUUGGUGACCUUGAUGAUGACGAAGUUUCUUUAGGAAGUAUGAAUGAUGAAGACUUUGACAUUGAUGAAGAUGGAGGAACAUUCAUGGAUGUGUCAGACGAAGAAAUUGAAGAUGGUCCAGAAUUUGAUGAAGUCAGCUCCAAAGCUAAUACUAAGAAAAGCAAGAGAAAGAGUGAAGAUAAUAUUGAUUUUGCUGGGUCGUUUCAAGGAGCACAGAAGAAAAGGAAAAGCUUUGAUAACUCCAGCCUGUUUGUCUCUGCUGAGGAGUUUGGCCAUCUGUUGGAUGAAAACAUGGGAUCCAAGUUUGAUAAUCUUGGCAUGAACGCCAUGGCUAACAAAGAUAAUGCAAGUUUCAAACAGCUCAAGUGGGAAGCUGAGCGUGAUGAUUGGCUACACAACAGAGAUGUGAAAAGUAUCAUCAAGAAGAAGAAAAAUUUCAAAAAGAAGAUGAAAAUCCCUCAAAAAUCCAGAAAGCAAAGGAAAUGAGCCCUUUGGAGUUAAUAAUAAAUUAAGAUUCUACUCACCCUUAAUUUUUGCUAUCCAACCAUUUUUCUUGAUCUUUCUCUCUAAUUCCAUACAUUCCAGACUUUUCAGUGGAUUUGUAAUAAACUAUAGAAACAAAAUGCUGUCAUUUAUAAAAUCAUGCAAAAGUUAAA